ACUACAGACCAUUAGAGUGAGAAAUGAUUUUUUUUUCAUCAUUGUGAAACUGGUAAGUACCUCUUUACCAGCGAGGCGAUGUCCUUGCAAACCUUUACUACAGUCUUGUGAAGACACCAUGGAGGUCAUUGGCAUCUAAUGGCAAGGAAGGUGUUCAGUCAUCCGUUGCCUCUAGGACGCGGUGACAAUAUAAAGUGAUUGUAUGUCAAGACACCAUCAGUGUACACCUGCCUACAGAUACAAUACCGCGAAAACAAUAUGGCUUGCAAGGUCUUCUGUCUUAUUAUGUUGAGCUCCAUCAUCGCGGUGGCUUUAGCUGCCCCGGCUGAAGUCUCACUAGAAAAAGACACAGCUUUAGAAAAAGACUUGACUUCCGAAAAAGAUGACUUACAACCUGCCGCGUCCAGUUGGGGUGGUCACUAUGGGGGUUGGGGUCAUUAUGGAGGCUUUGGUGGCUACGGGUACUACCCCCACUAUGGCUACUAUGGCUGGCCUAGUUAUGGAUGGUAUGGCCAUGGAUCGCCUUACGGACAUGGCUAUUGGUGGUAAUUAAGAGGCUAAUACAAAGAGAUUAUCAUAAAAUAUGGUCGGUAUGUCAUAGUUUAUAUAACGAUUGUUCUUUGUUUCUGUAUCAUAAUCACUUUUAUAUCUGGUACAUAUCUUCUGAACUGAAGUGGUAUUGGUGUUUAAUGUCGAUGCCUUAAAAGUGGUAUCUCUCUUAUUAUUUUUAUAGGUAGGUACGUACCGACCAUUCCUUUUGAUUUGUGAAGUCAGUAGCUUUUACAACAUUAAAUCAGCAAACAUAUUUUAAAACUAAUUUAGUAUUCGAAGUCAUGAUUUCUUAUAAUAAAGUUGUAAUUAAAAAUGAAUCAUGUAGUGAUAUAUAUUAUACACAAAGCUGUUUGACUUAAAAAUAAGGGGUAAUUUUAAGCACUUGCCGAAGACUAUAUAUAAUGUUAUUUAAAUCUCAUAAAUAUUUAAGUUAUGUUAGCUUAUGACUAAAUAUCACCGUAAAUAAAUGUCAAUUAUAAUGCAUUCA